AUGAAGUACCAGCAUCUUGCGUCCAUUGGCACCGCUCUCAUUGGCGCCGCUGCCGUCUCGGCCAGCCCAUUGGCCAUCCGUGGUGAAGCCCAAUGCCCUAAGGGUUACACUAUGACCGUCGUCACGUCCUGGAGCACUGUGUACCCGACAUCAUCGGCCACCGUCCUCCCGGAGUCGUCUACUCUCCCAUCUUCUGCUCCUGUGGUGGAGAGCAGCCAAGUUCCGGUUGGCGAUGAAGCUGCUUCAGCUACCUCGUCUACUCCCGCGCUGACUACGGAGGUUGCUGCGGUUGAGACGACCCAGGCGGCCGUCGCUACCACUUCUGCACCUACGGACAAGGCCGUUAUUGCGACCAUCGCUCUUCCUGCUUCUUCUUCUUCUGAGGCCACUCAGGCGAGCUCUUCCAGUUCUUCUACAACUUCUACCGCCCAGGCUGCGGCUACCUCUUCUUCAUCAAGCUCUUCCAGCUCUUCCAGCUCCUCCGGUUCUUCCUCUUCCGGCGAGGCCACCUAUUACACUGGCAAUGUUGCCGGGGGAACUUGCUCCUUCUCUGGCUACACCCUCCCCAGCGGAAUUUUUGGUACCGCUCUGUCUGUCGAUCAGUGGGAUGAUGCGGCCGAGUGCGGUGCUUGCGUUGCGAUCACCGGACCUAGCGGCAACACCAUUAAGGCUAUGAUUGUCGACCAGUGCCCCUCAUGCGCGUCCGGCCACUUCGACCUCUUCGAGAACGCCUUCUCCGAGCUGUCCGAGUUGUCUACCGGUGUCAUCGACAUCAGCUGGGAGUACACCUCCUGCGGCAUCGACGAGCCCCUGAAGCUCAAAAACAAGGACGGCACUUCCGAGUAUUGGUUCUCCAUGCAGGUUGUCAACGCCAGCGAGGCUGUCACCAAGCUGGAGGUCAGCACUGAUGGUGGCAGCACCUGGCAGAGCACCACCCGCACCUACUACAACUACUUCGAGAAGGAAUCCGGCUUUGGCACCGAUACAGUCGAUGUUCGUGUCACCGGCGAGUCUGGCAGCACUGUCAUUGUUAAGAAUGUCGGUUGCUCGUCCGAGUCGGAGGUGACUGCCAGCUCCAACUUUUAA